GUCACACUAAACAUAUUGCGCGAGCCCGUAAACAACGCCUCCGUGUCGAAUUUUUUUGUGAUUUUCGAAGUUUUCGUCGAUUUUGCCACAAAAUGAUAAUGAGUAAACAGCGGGAGUGGUAAUUAUAAAAUAAAUUAAUCGAAACUGUUAGCCAUGAGUUCGGAAGUACGGCAAAUUUAAUACAGAAAAGCGCGAAAAAUGUAAUUGGAAAACUGCAGCUGCAAUUGGCGACGCGCUCUUCAAGUGCUGGUUGGAGCGAGACAACGCUACUCUUUCUGUGUGUGUUGCGUGCAAUUUGUUGAUGUAGUAUUUGGUGUUGUUGUGCAGAAAUGCGGGGGAACAACAAAAAUAACUGAAAUUUGUUGUUGCGUGAUGCAAAAACGCCGGCAAAACAAACGUAAAACACAAAUUUGAUUGAGGAAAAGAAAGAAAAUAAACGCUAGUAAAGCGAAAGAAUCGCCAAAGAAUACACAACAAAAGUGGAGUGAGUUGUGCGUGUGUGCUCCUGUGAGUGUUCUUCUGUGUGUGUGUGGCGAUUGAAGGAGAAGAGAAGUUAGAAGAGAAUCAAAUAAAGCCCCAAGUAAGGCCAGAAAAAUGCAUCGACAGCGAAACGCCGCCGGAUCGUAAACGAAGUUCCCUGGCUGUCAAAUUACCGCGAAAAAGUAACUCUCACGUCAAAGCACCAGUCGAAACUCUACCCUUAAAAUGCGCCACACGACGAUAUCAAUGUGGCUUCUGGAUAUAUGCCUGAUCCAGCUGCAGCUGUUGCAACCUUCAAUUGGCAGUCAAGCUCUCUCGUUCACCCUGGAGCCGCAGGAUGCUGUUGUGCCCGAGGGCCAUUCGGUGCUGCUGCAGUGCUCCGGCAGUGCCCCUGGACGUGGCAAGGGCAAGGCUAUGCCCACUCCUGCAGCCGUACGAUGGCGGGGACCCGAUGGCCAGGAUCUGGGCAUCGUGGGGGACACGUUCCGCACGCAGCUGAAGAAUGGAUCGUUGUACAUCAGUUCGGUGGAGGAGAACCGCGGCCUGACCGGCGCCUAUCAGUGCCUCCUUACCGCCGACGGAGUGGGCAGCGUGCUCAGCCGCCCGGCGCUGGUGGCGAUUGCCCGCCAGCCGGAUCUCAACCAGGACUUCAUCGAGACGUACCUGCUGCCCGGCCAGACGGCCUACUUUCGGUGCAUGGUGGGCGAAGCCAGUUGGCAGGAGGGCGUGAGGCACUCGGUGCAGUGGUUCCGGGACGACAUGCCCCUGCCCCUGGACAAGCUGCGGAUGGUGGUUCUGCCCAACGGGGCGCUGGAGAUCGAUGAGGUGGGUGCCUCGGAUCGCGGAGCCUACCAGUGCAACGUCACCUCGGGCAGCGUUUCCCGCUUGAGCAGCAAGACCAACCUGAACAUCAAGAAAGCCUCCGAGGUGCCGGGCAGUGACCAUGCGGUGGCCCCCUCCUUCCUGGUGGGACCAUCGCCCAAGACCGUGCGCGAGGGGGACACCGUCACCCUGGACUGUGUGGCCAAUGGAGUGCCCAAGCCGCAGAUCAAGUGGCUGCGCAACGGCGAGGAGUUAGACCUCAACGAUCUCGACUCGCGCUUCUCCAUCAUCGGGACCGGAUCGCUGCAGAUCUCCAGUGCCGAGGACAUCGAUUCGGGCAACUAUCAGUGCCGCGCCAGCAACACCGUCGACUCUCUGGAUGCCCAGGCAACGGUGCAGGUCCAGGUGCCGCCCAAAUUCAUCCAGGCGCCGCGCGACAAGACCGCCCACGAGAAGGAGGAACUGGAGCUGGAGUGCGCCAUCCGGGGCAAGCCCAAGCCCAUCAUCAGGUGGCUAAAGAACGGCGAUCUCAUCACCCCCAACGACUACAUGCAGCUGGUGGCCGAUCACAAUCUGCGCAUCCUCGGCCUGCUCCACUCCGAUGCGGGUAUGUUCCAGUGCGUAGGCACCAAUGCCGCUGGCAGUGUCCAGGCAGCAGCCCGUCUACGUGUCGUCCCACCAGGAGUGAAAAUCAAACAACGCAAAUCCCAAGGCCAGUCCAUCAAGUCCCUACAAACCUCCGACAAUCCAGUAAAGCGACGCCGACUGUACAGCUCGGGGGAGCAGCAGCAGCUGCGCACCAAAUCGGGGGCCAGCCUGCGCUCGACUGAGGACGUGGACGAGGACGAAGACGAAGGCGACAUAGAUCCCAAUAAUUCGCUCAUGCUGCUCUCCAAGACCCUUUUGGACAGUCUGCAGCACACGGGUAAACUGCAUCGUCCCGAGCAGCCGCUCAACGAUCGCAACUUUGAGCGGAACGAGGCCAGCGCCUUGCGGCGGGAAAGCGGCACUGGGGACAAGGCAAACGCCAACAAUGACAAUGACGAUGACGACGAUGACGAUGAUGAGUAUGACGAUGACGAGACGAAGGAGGCACUGAUAGCUGCCUACAAGCAUGGCGAUGAUCCACAGAAAAUACUGUCCACAUGGCAGAGUAACAAACACAAGAAAUCCCAGCAGCAACAGCAGCAGAAAUUGCAACUGCCAUUGCCCCCAUCCUUCAAUUUUGCGUCCCCCCCAGAUUUAAGCGAGCAGGAAGACAACGCGGCAGCCGCCGCCGGUAGUGGAAAUGUAAAGAGUCUGGGCAGCGGACUCCUAGCCAGAUUGCCCAGCCAGCCACGGGACCUGGCGGCACAGAUAGUCAAGCCGCGCUUUGUCACCCUCAGUUGGGUGGAGCCACUCCAGAAUGCCGGGGAAGUGGUCUACUACACGGUCUACUACAAGAUGAACAACAGCGAGAGAGAGCAGAAAAUGGUGACGAAGUCACAUGACGAUCUACAGGUGAACAUUCAAUCGCUGCUGCCGGGCAGGACCUACCUGUUCCGCGUGGUGGCCAGCACGAACUUUGGCAGCGGCGAGUCCUCUGCCCCGCUGGAGGUCAGUACCCAGCCGGAGGUGAACAUAGCCGGACCCCCGCGUAACUUUGAGGGACAUGCGCGCAGUCACAGCGAGAUCUAUGUGCGCUGGGAAGAGCCAGCAGUGACCAAUGGGGAGAUACUCAAGUAUCGCGUCUACUACUCGGAGAACGAAAGCGGAGCCGAUUUGUACCACGAUAGCACCACCAUGGAUGCUCUGCUCACCGAACUGCGUGCCUACACGGACUACGUGAUCAGUGUGGUGCCCUUCAAUCGGAACGGCAUGGGUGAUCCCUCGGCCGAGAUCAAGGUGAAGACAUACUCCUCAACGCCGUCAGAGCCGCCCAAUAAUGUGACCCUUGAGGUGACCAGUUCCAGUUCCAUUACCGUGCACUGGGAGCCACCCGCAGAGGAGGAUCGCAAUGGCCAGAUAACUGGCUACAAGAUACGGUACCGAAAGUUCAAGGAUGCACCGCAGGUGAAGAGCACGCCGGCAAAUAUUCGCUACUUCGAGCUGAGCGGACUGGAUCGUAGUGCCGAGUAUCAGGUGAAGAUUGCGGCCAUGACGGUGAAUGGAUCGGGACCGUUCACGGAGUGGUAUCGCGUCAAUACGCUCGAGAACGAUCUGGACGAGACGCAGGUGCCGGGUAAACCGAUUUGGAUCAAUAUACAGCCCGGAGCGGAGAACAUUGGUCUGCACUGGGGUCCGCCGCAGCAGCCGGAGAUCAAGAUACGCAACUAUGUUCUGGGCUGGGGUCGGGGCAUACCCGAUGAGAACACCAUCGAGCUGAAGGAGACCGAACGCUAUCACGUGCUCAAGAAUCUCGAGUCCAACACGGAGUACGUCGUGUCCUUGAGGGCGCGCAAUGUGAAGGGCGACGGACCGCCGAUCUACGACAACAUCAAGACGCGCGACGAGGAGCCCAUCGAUGUGCCCGUGCCGCUGGAGGUGCCCGUGGGCCUGCGGGCCAUCACCAUGUCGAGCUCCUCCAUCGUUGUCUACUGGAUCGACACGAUGCUGAACAAGAACCAGCACGUGACCGACAACCGCCACUACACGAUCAGCUAUGGCAUCACGGGAUCGAGUCGCUAUCGCUACCACAACACCACCGAUCUCAACUGCAUGAUCAACGACCUGCGUCCGAACACCCAGUACGAGUUCGCCGUCAAAGUGGUGAAGGGACGCCGCGAGUCCGCCUGGUCCAUGUCCGUGCUGAACAGCACCUAUCAGAAUGUGCCAGUGACGCCGCCACGCGAGGUCACCGUACGCCUUGAUGAGGAGAACCCGCCCACGGUGAUCAUCCAGUGGAUGCCGCCGAAGCACACAGUGGGCCAGAUCACUGGCUACAACAUUUACUACACAACGGACACUACGAAGCGGGAUCGGGACUGGUCCAUUGAGGCCUUUGCCGGCGAGGAGACCAUGCUGAUGCUGUCCAACCUGAAGCCCUACACCACGUACUACUUCAAGGUGCAGGCACGCACCACCAAGCAGCAGGGCAACAACAAUGCGCCCUUCUCCGCCUUGGUGUCCUACACAACAACCGCCGCUGUGAUCAUGCAGGAGGCGGACACCAUUGCCAAGGGCAUCGACAACGAGAAGCUGCUGUACAUCAUUAUCGGAGUCACGUCCGUGGUGCUGCUGGUUGUCCUCUUUGGAAUACUGCUUCUGUGUCGCCGCAAGCCCCAAUCCUCACCAGAGCACACAAAGAAGAGCUAUCAAAAGAACAACUUGGGAGUGCCAAAGCCUCCAGAUCUAUGGAUACAUCACGACCAAAUGGAGCUGAAGAACAUUGACAAGGGUCUACACACAGUUACGCCCGUCUGCAGCGAUGCUGCCUCCAGUAGCGGUGCACUGACCCUGCCCCGUUCGGUGGUCCACAGCGAGUACGAGGUGGAGACGCCUGGCGGAGUACCGGGACAUGUGACCAACUCGCUGGACAAGCGCUCCUAUGUGCCCGGCUAUAUGACAGCCACUUCGAUGAACUCUACGAUGGAGCGUCCGCAGUAUCCGAGGACCCAGUACAACCACCAGAACCGCUCGCACAUGACCAUGGAGACGGGCCUCUCGCAGCAGAGUCUCUCGCAGCCGAAUCAGAAUGGCUCGCUGGCCCAGACGCCCGAGCACCCCUAUGGGGGCUACGAUGCCAACUUCUGCAAUGCCGGCAAUGGAGCUGCUGGCAAUGGCUGUGUGUCCACCAUCGAGAGUGCCAAACGCGGGCAUCCGCUCAAGAGUUUCAGUGUGCCAGGGCCACCGCCCACCGGGGUAGCCACGCCGAUUAAUAAGCACACUCCUGCCGUAACAAUUCGUCCACAGAAUCAGUCACCCUACAAGAAGCCAUCGUUCUCGGCCGCCACGCCCAAUCGCUUGCAGGGCGGUGGAUCGGUGGCACACUCAACCGAUGAAAUCCAGAGACUGGCACCGAGCACAUCCACCGAGGAGCUCAACCAGGAGAUGGCCAAUCUGGAGGGUCUCAUGAAGGAUCUGAGCGCCAUCACGGCCAACGAAUUUGAGUGUUAACAGAGAAGCUACUAAUGCAAUUCCCGCCCCACCCCGCCCACUGAACAAGUAUUAGUCGACAAAACAGUUUAAGUUACUUGUUUUUUAGUUUCUGUUUUAUUAUCGAUUAACAAACAACCUCAAACCACACAUCCGCUGGCAGCAAUCGAGCUGGUUUAAGCAUUGGCCAGGUCUGCAUUUAGUUUUAGUUACAAACCAUGUGCGAUACAACCUAAUGAAAUUAUCGAAUGAUGAAAACUGUAAAUACGAACGACGCCGCCAUAUAUACGUUUAAGUCUAGAUACACACAUUCAUAACUAUAAAUAGCAUUCUAGCAUAGUUAAUUAGCCAUUAAGCAACAACAGCAACUGUGUAAAAAGCAAAAGGAAAAGCCAGAACAGAAGUGCGUUUAUUGUGUGACAGGAUUGACUGACACUGACCCUAUAGCCCACUUAUCAUAUGACAUAACAUAUUUAUCACACUGCAGCAUCUUCAUUUCAUACGCAUGCAGAUUCGGUUUAAUCCUUAAGUCUACAUAUACAUACAUACGUAUAGUACAUAUGCUACAUAUUCUAUAUACAUAUGCAUCUGCAUCUAUAUACAUACAUACAUACGUCUAAGCUAAUUUUCAUACUACUAAUGCGUACCCUAAGAACGUAACUUUUAUGCUAAUAUUCGUACAUAUGUAUUACACUCACAAAAACAAUCAAAACAUUCGAAAUCAAUUUGUAUCUUAAAGUGUCUUCUGUAUUUUAUCCUCUUUGCUUCAACUUUUGCAUAAAGUUGGAAACGUGCCAUUAAUUGAUUUGUCGCCUCUGCCUACACAAAACUACUUAAGCUAUAAAGUUAAGAUCUACAUACAUAGAUUUUAAACUGUAAGCCAGUAAAGCAUUUACGAUUUCAACUGUACUAUUAAUAGUAAUAAUAUAUGUACAACACACUGUCUUUUAGGAGAUUUUGAUAUGUUCAAAAUGCGUAUUUCCUAAAGAGUUAUGUGCGUGUUUUAUUUAUUGUUCACUAAAUUGUAUUCAACAUUUCAAUUCAAACUAUAAUCUCAUUGGAAAUUUAACGGCACAAUUGACAAAAGGAAAGAAAAUAUAUGCAACAAAACCAAAACUACGAAACAAAAAAUGUAAAAUGCACAAGGAAAACAUUUUAAAAUUGUGAAAUUUGUCAUGUAUUGAACGUAAAUCUUUGUAAUCAAAAGUGAAAUUGAUAAAUAUAUGACCAAAUUGUGGAAAAUAA